GGAAACGGCGCUGAGAGGGCGGGACGCGGCCUCGGCAGGGCGGGCUGGAGGCGGCGGAGCCCGCGCCCCUCAGGCCUGCGGGGCGGGCGCCGGCUCGUCGAGCCCCGGUGCCCCCGCCCUCGGUGCUGUGCAACGGUGAGCAAGGCCUGAGGGUUUGGGCUCAGAAGAAGCAGCGGUGUGAAGCUUCCUGCCAGCGCGUGUUUGCUGUGGAUGGAGGUGAACCUCGGCCUCGGACCUGUGGCUGGAAAGGUCAGUAUUGCCAACAAGCGAAUGACUUAAUUCCUGGUUGGAAGAUGGUUUUUAUUUGUUAGACUCAUAGCAACUCAAAUUGAAAAUAGUAGUUAGGCGGUGUCAUCCUCCUGCUUCAGCCGAGGCCAGAUUGCUCCCCUCCGUCUAUUUUGUCUAAAGUGUCAUUUUGUCCAGUAAAAAUGUAACAACCUAAGCCAUGGGGCUGCUGGCAGUGCUGUCACUAAGCUAUUGCUCACUGGAUUUCUGAGCAAUGUCUUGGCAGCACUUCUUGGCAGAACUGUGGCCCAUGUAAGAAAUAUCUCGGUAAGGGGAAGUCUAAGGAGUAUAAACGAGAGUUCACAUUUUAUAAACUAGUUACUGGAAAAUUAACAUUUAUUCUUCUUUUCCUCCUUGACUUUAACCCACUUCCAUUUUGUGUGUGUAACACUGGUGCUUAAUUAUAGUGACACCCGUUUGCGGUAACCAGACUGUAUCACAGUGUCCCUAUGGGGUCCUUCUAAUGCCAGUGUAAUAUUAAAGUGUCAGGCAGGCGGUCUGUGUAUUAUAAAUAGGGUACUUCAUCCAUGAUAAGCGAUUAUUAUCUUUCUUUCCCAAGUGUAAAAGACCUAUAUAACUCAACAAGGUGCGAGUGAUUUAGGCCUCCUGAGUAAAAAUCCAAUGAGUCCUGAAGGGGACCCUAUGAUGUCGUUGUCUUGUUGCUGAACUUGAGAUAUUCAAUUUAUUAUACUGGAAUAUAUUUUCUGAAGUCAACAUUGGGUAAAAUAAUACGAGAGGCUGUUAGACCAACAGUACAACACGAUUUAGUGUCCCUCUGUGAUGGCCUUCUAAAAACCUUAAUCACCCUUGGUAAAAGCAGAAAGCUGCUGUUCAAGUUUACUGGCCAUUUGUGAGCAAAUGUAUUAGUUACUGCUUUGAAUCAUUUUAAUAAUUUAGAAAAAAAAGCAUUUCAUAUUUUUUCCUUUACAAUUAUAUGGAUAGUGUUCUUGUACUUAAAAGGCCUAAGUUGCACAAAGUUUUAUGCACAUUCUUAGCUUCAGACUUAUUUAUUUCUAUUAACUAUAUUUAGAUAAGUCUUAAAAGUAGAAUUGUGUGCUUAACUUCACAUGCUUAAGGAUCAAGUGUUACAGUUUUGACCAAUUUUGCUAUUAGCCAUAUGUUUUAUUGAGUUAUAACUGUAAAAACAGAAAACAAAAGCCCGUUCUGGUAUGGACUGGCACCAGAAAAAAGCAUUUAAUCAAUUUAAUAACUAUUAUAUCGCUUUUUUAGCACCAAAUAUUAUAUGGUGUUUAUGACAUUACACAGAGUCUCUGCUGAAGGUGUGUAAAGCUACCCAGUUUUGCAGUUAAAUCAGUUUGGAAAAAUGAAAGUCAACUUUUGAGUGAGUGAGGAAAUCCUGACAAAUAUGCAGUUCAAUAUAAACAUGCUCACAUGUAGUUUUAACUGGAGGACAAAGGGGGCUUUCACUCUGCUGUUAACAGCAAGAAAUGGAGAAUCCAACAUGGCAUGAGUUGGUUGUGAUCAUGCAGCCACAGAGCUCUCUCCAAUGAGAUAAGUGCUUCAUCCAUUCUUGAUAAUAUUUACUCUGUAAUUGUUGUUUGGUGAAAAAAUCUUUUAAGUAAUUCUAUGCCUCUCAUACCUGUGGCCAUGCUUAAAUUGGCUCUUUUUCCCCCCUAAAAACGCUUUGCCUAUGCUACUGCUGGUGAACUGAGAGUGGCACUGGGAGCAAAACAGUGAAUGGCCAGCAGUCCCGAGAAUAACGCAUCCCUCUCCGUUCACAAAGUCACACGCUCAGAAGGUUCCCAAGCGAAGAAGCCCCAGCAUGCAGAAGAAGCAAUCUUUUACAUGAACUGCCGAGCAGCUUAUCUAACUGUUUUAAAAAGCAGUUUAGAAAAUAUUAAAUCAAAAGAACAACUCAGUUUAGUACUUCAACAGGCUGGAAGAAAUCCAUCUCAGAAGACAGUUAAUAAAUAUUGGACUUCACAAACGACCACACUGAAUUUUGAUGAUUUUUGUACUAUUUUAAAAAAAGAAAAACCAGCUACAAAACCUGAACUGCUCGAAGCAUUUGGAAAAAUAGACACUGAUAACACUGGAUAUAUUUUACAUGAUGAACUUUAUAAAAUUCUGACAACAAGAGGUGAAAAAAUGACUCGGGAUGAAGUGAGUGCCAUUAUUAAACAAGCUGAUUUUAACUGCAGUGGCAAACUUGACUACAACAAGUUUUGUGACUUAUACAUAACAACCAGUGAGCAGUGCUGCAAGACUGCACGGGAGAAACUGGAAGUUGAUAGUCGAUUGAGGCAACAGCAGUUUGGAAGUCAAGCUGAAACUUCUUCUGAAGGGAUCACACUGCCAGUGUUGAAACCAUCACCAAGAAUCUUGAGGAAAACUGAUCACAAACUAGCACCAACAAAAGGCGAUAGCAGAACUCCUUCAAGACCCUCAUCGUCUCAAAGUUGCAAAGCAUCCCUUUCUACCACUGUCAGCAUGGGUGCCAGUAGCAACAGAAACACAAAGCUAAUUGAGUCAGACACGAUGAAGGAAUGGCAAUGUGCACAAUCCAAAGGAUGCUUCUACUUAGAAGAAGAUGGUGAAAUCAUUAGUCACAAGUACAAGUUGCACUUACCUCAAAGGUCUACAGUAUGCGUUACCAUUAAGCCUUUAAAUGUUCGUCAGGUAGAAGGAAAAUCUUGUCAUUGCUUGUCAGUGGAUACAGCUUUGUAUAUUCUGAAGGAAAAUGAAACCCAAGAAAAUCUACAGCUUGUGAGCUUUACUGAACAACAAAACAAAGAGAUGUUUGGAUGGAAAGGGGAGCUUGGAUCGGGAGUUUACUGGCUACUUCCAUUCACAACAGGCUGUAGGUUGAAGAAGGUAAAACCACAAAUUACUGCAGAAGCAAAACUCGUGUAUAGAGGUGAAGAUGGAGAACUGGCUCUGACCAAAGAGUUCCGAGCUGCUUUAUUGGAUAUAUUUGAAACAAUUGAUUUGGAUGGAAAUGGCCUUCUGAGUUUGGAGGAAUACAAUUUCUUUGAACUGAGAACUAGUGGUGAGAAAUGUGAUGAGGAAGCAUGGGCUGUAUGUAAGGAGAAUUUUGAUAUGAAGAAAAAUGAACUAACAAGACAAGGAUUUAUGGAUUUGAAUCUCAUGGAAGCCAAUGACCGUGAAGGGGAUCCUAGUGACCUUUGGGUCACUUUAUUGUCUCUGGGCUACAAUAAAGCAUUAGAAAUGACAGAGGCAUGCCCCUUUGUCAUUGACAUCUAUGCAGAAAAAUGCGAACCGAGAAUUAAAGCUAUAUAUCUAGAGGCAGGCAGCUGGCAACUCAACAGGGCUAUUUGCAAGUCUGUUGUUAAUAAAGGAGAGGCCAAAGUAAUGGAUGGCUGUGAAAACAUAAUCAUCUAUACCUACAAAGCAGGCAGGAGAAUCACUUCUGUUAUUGAAAAUAAGUCUGAAAACAAAGUGAUUAUUCAUGUCAACAAUGAGCAGAGUAAGAACUGCCUAAACAAUAGGGGACUUCCUAUUUUUGCUGUGGAAGUGGCACCAAAAUCCAUGAUGGUUUCUCAGCAUGUGAUGCCGCUGAACGAGCAGGAAGAAUGGCUUUAUAAUUGUGUGCAUUCCCUCUUACGUUAAACAUUCUAGUUAGAGAGCUGCUUCUUGGUAGCAUUCAGAUUAAACCAGGAGUUUUUUUGGCAGCUUCUAGAGGAUUUAUAGUCUUGUCCUCCUCAAAAAGCUGGCAUACAUUUAUACUUCACUGAGUUUGAUUUGUUAAAGCCAGCGAAUCACCUAAGUACUUACUUAUUUCUGGUAUCAUGCUUCUGUUAAUGGCUUUUAAGAAACAUGUAUAGUGAUAGCUUAGGGACAGAGUAACUGUAAGUAUAUAAAAUCCACCGACAGAGUAGAGUAUUCAUCACAUACAGUCUAAUGAAAUACAUUGGCACAAAAACAUUAAGACACUAUAAUAAUUAGUGCUGUUCAGUAAUAUAGCUGACAGUCAUAAUGUAAUUGUGUUUUAUAAAGGCUAGUUUCCUGAAAUCUGCUCUUGUUUCCUAUAACAUGUAACAUAGUGCCAUCACAUGCUGGGACUGCUUCACUGAAGAGAAAUGUACUUUGUUAAAUGGAUCUGAUGGAUUCCUAAUUAAACAUUCCUGUGGUUUUGAUGUGAGAAGUAUAAAGGGGUGGGGUUCAUGAUUUUACUUUGCCACCUGAUAAAGGAUUUGGUUCUUUCCCUUUUUUUAAUUUUUUUUUGUCAUUUGAUGAUAAUACUCAUCUUACACAGUUCUGAGUAAUUACUGACUGGUUUUGUACUCUUUUAUAUAAAAUAAAGUCUGCCUUUUUAUAUGUGAUAAAGAAAUAACAUUAUUUGAGG